AUGGGAAGUUGUCAGUCCUCCAACACUGUGGAUGUGUCAUGUAAUCACAAUCGACCUCACAUUGCAAUAUGUCUGGGCAAAGCAUGCACAAGAGACGAAGGAGACAGAAGACUGUGUGAAGAAUGUCUGGUUGACCAUAUGUGCAAUGAUCGUAUCACGAUAGAUGAAGCAAUCAAGCACGAUAGUUACGGCAUUUAGGAAAUAGUGGAGAAGUUCGAUAGAGAUUAAAAUUCACCUAAUGCAACUGGUGGAUUAACUUAAUCAUUAGCAAAUUUUAAAAAUAAUUUCUUUGAGAGCUUUAAAUCAUAUCAAGGAUAUUAUGAUAUCUAUUUGAAUCAGUACCUACUUUAAGGAAUGCCUGAUGCAGAACUAUUUGGAGAAGCUGCUAGUUAAAUUGUGGAGGCAUUUGAAAAAAAUGAUUUAGGUUACAUCUAAAAAUAAGGAUGCUAGAUAUUGCUCAACACAUACAACAAUCAAUCAUUGAUCAAGUAGAUAGUCGGAAAUUUGGACUAAGCCUCAAAGAAGAUCUCAAUUUAUUAGAGUUAGGUGGAAUAGAAAAUGCGGAGGUUAUAAGACUCAUUCUUCAAGGAACUUCUCUCAUUGCCAUAUAAUACUGCCAAAUCAUUUAAUGGUUCCAUUUUGAGUAUUGACCCAAAAACUUAUUCAUAUGAAUUCUCAGCAUACUUGACAACUGUAGAUACAAAUAGAAUGAGUGGAUCAUUGAUCUCAUUGAAUUGCAGUGAUCACAAUCAAAAAAUAUAGGUGAUCUGUUGUGAUAGAUGUCCCAAUAAAGACAUAAGAUUGUGUGGUCAAUGUCUGAUAACUCAUAAAUGCAAUGCGGGGUAAAGAAUCAAAUUGAAAUCUUUCGGUUAGGAUCAAGCUGCAAUAAUUGAGGCUGCUAUGAAAUAUCAAAAGAAGAAAUAAGAGAUAUAGGAUGCUAAAUCUAAGGUAAAGGCCAUUUUUGAAGACUUUAUGAGAUAGACCAUCAAGGAAAUCGAAAUGUUGGGAUAGAAUUCUAAACGAAUGAUGCUCGAGUCUCAGUUGGAUGGAAUCGACUCAUAGAUCAAGUAGGAAUUGCCAGCUUAUGUGAACAAAUUAAAACUAGUACAUAUUGAUAUUUUAUUAGUGGUAUUUGCCAAUCGGAGCAUGGUGAGUUUAGACUAAAGAGGUGUGGCAAUCAUUGCUUACUUGAUUCAACAUCCAGAAAUAAAAAACUAAUUGGUUGCCUUUGAUGCAUCCAGCAAUGCAGUUUAAUUCUUGAAUAAAUUAGUUGUGUAAUUAGAAGAUGUCUCGAAGAGGUUCUUAUAGAAUGUAUCCCAAGUUGAAGACAUCGCGACUUUUGAAAAGAAACCAAGCUAAAAUCUAGAAUCCUCACAAAUAUACACAACCAACAUUGUGGCUAAUUAUGGUGCUACCAUAUCUCCCUUGGGGAUGAACCAGUCAUUAUAGAGGUAACCAUCAGCUAAUUUAAAUUUCAAAACAGAUUAAUCUUUUGAGAAUAAAUUAGAUAGUUGUCCUGUAAUCAAAGUGCUUUAAGAUUUUGGAGAAGAUCAAGACAACUAUGUGAGUGACAUCAUCUUCUAUUAAAAUUACCUGAUAGUCUCAACUGUGGAUGGACUGAUCGUUAUUUAUUCAGGUAUUGGAGAGAAUAAGAUUGGAGAAUACUAAUUUGAAGGCAAAUGCACUAGCAUCUGUGGAUUCGUAUAUUAAGGCAAAUUGGCUGUGGCUGCAUGCAUUGGUAAUUUCGAAGAAUAGAUCAUUGGAAUCAUCACUUUCGAGAAGACCGUUUAAUUUUAAGGGCAAUUACAAGGACACUCUGAUCCCAUUUUGAUGAUAAAACAACUGAUAAAACCAGAAUAUCUGGUCAGUUGUUCUGGGGAUCAUAGUGUCAAGAUCUGGGAUACAUCCUCUAGUGGAUUAUUGGAAAGCAUUAAGGCAAAGACUAUCAACAAUCAUAAGAUGGCAGUCAGGGAUGUCAUUCUAAUUAAUAGUAAUCAACUCGUAUCUGGAUCCUUCGAUGAGACCAUCCAAAUCUAUGAUCUGAAAUCAGACCGAAUCAACUAUGCCAUCCAAUGCGAGGAUUGGAUUUAUUGUGUAUAAUCUUGUUAUUAAUUGCAGUUACAAAACAUUACAGAGAAAGCGUUUGCUGCAGGCACUGGCUCUGGAGAUGUUAGAAUUAUUAGUACGUCUAAUUAUAGUGAGAUGCAGAGGGUCAGAGUCGCUCCUAAUUAUAUUAAGAGUAUCAUGGUGUUUUCUAAUCCCAACUAUCUGUUCUUAUCCUGCAAAAAUAGAGACAAUUACAUCAUUCGCAUACAGGAAUAUAGGCAAAUUGAUUACAUUACGAAGACUGAUGAAGUCGACUUUGUUCCUGAAGGGAUUUGCAUCAUUGACAAUUACCUCUUAUAUGGAGAAGCCAAUUCAGUUAAAAUUAAAUAUGCUAGUUGA